GAUUAGUAUUUGUUUGCCACUUGCCAGUAGCCGCACUUUCCUCGAUAUGCCCAAGCGAGAGAGAGAAGAGAUAGAGAGAGAGAUUCCUUAGUUGAUUCUUCUGUGGAUGAAGAUGAAAUCUACUUCUGAAAUCUUGCCACCGUCCAACUCUGUUUGAUCUAAUCUCUAUAUCCUCCGGCCACCAAGUUCUUGUCAAAUAAGCGAGCACAGCAAGGUAAGCAGCUGAUUCGAAUUCCAACAAAACAUCUCAUCCCUUUUAGUCUCUUGUGCUAGAUCUCAUGCGUCUGCAACCUUGGGAGCUAGCUAGCCAUGGAGUUCGCAACUGGAGCGCUAGGCGCCCUUCUUCCCAAGCUCUCCAUGCUGCUUCAUGGUGAGUACAACCUGGAGAAGGGCGUCAGGGGGGACAUCCAGCGCGUCAUGAGCAAGCUCGAGCGGGUUCAUGCUGCCCUCCGCCAUGUUGGCGAAGUGCCUGUGCCACUGGAGCAGAUCAUUCGUCCUGGUAUAGUCAAUAUGUGGGCACGCGACGUCGGGGAGCUAUCCUACGACAUGGAGGACUUCGUCGACACCUUCCUGGUGCGUGUCCAAGGCCCUGAACGCACCAGCAAAAGAAGGUUAUUCAUUAAGAUGAUAGAUAUGGUCAUGAAUAAUCGCCAUGAUGAGAUCGCCCCAGACAUCAAGCACUUCGAAAAGCGCGUCCAGGAGAUGGAUGAUCGUCGUCAAAGGUACGGUGUUGGUACUAUUGUUCCUACCGUCAAAACCUUGUUUUAUCCUCGCAUAAUUGCUCUAAACUACACCAAGGCCACGGACCUUGUCGGCAUCGAUGAGGCAAGGGAGGAACUGAUCACAAGGUUGACCAAGGAAUAUGACACCUCCACUGAACAAAGGCAAGUCUCUAUCGUUGGUUUUGGAGGACUUGGCAAGACAGCGCUUGCAAAAGCAGUUUAUAACAAACUUAAAGCUAAAGGGGAAUUCCAUUGUGCGGCCUUUGUGUCGAUGUCUCGGUAUCCUAAGCUCGUAGAAAUCUUCAAGGAAUUGCUUUAUGAGCUUGACAAGACUGAGUACAAGGACGUUAUUAGCACCCCAAUGGAAAUAGAUGAACUUAUAAAUCUAGUGCACGAAUUCCUUAAUAAAAAGAGGUACCUUAUCGCUGUUGAUGACAUAUGGGAUACUGACGCAUGGGCAAUGAUACGAUACGCUUUUGCUGAGAAUAAGCUAGGAAGCAGAAUAAUCGUAACUACUCGCAGAAUUGAUGUUGCUGAGUAUGUAGGUGGUUGUUGCUAUAUGAUGAAACCUCUUACUCGAGAGAAAUCAAAGAUAUUAUUCUAUGGACGAACAUUUGGUUCUGAAGGUAAAUGCCCUCCUGAACUUUCUCAUGCGUCUGAGAAAAUAUUGAAUAAAUGCGGAGGCGUGCCAUUGGCUAUUAUUACUAUAUCUAGCUUGCUGGCUAGUAAGUCAAAAAACAUAAAAGAAUGGUUCUAUCUUGCUGAUUCUAUUGGUUCCGGAAUACUAGAAAGAAGUGCUGAAAUGGAGAUUAUGUGGAAGAUACUGCUGCGUAGCUAUUCUGAUCUACCAGCACGAUUAAAGACAUGUUUGUUAUAUCUGAGUAUUUUCCCUGAAGAUUGUGAGAUUGGGAUGCAUCGGUUAAUAUGGAGGUGGAUAGCUGAAGGUUUUUUCAAUGGAGAACUAGCACAUGGUGGGCUCUUUAAGAUUGGGGAAUCUUGUUUCCACGAGCUCAUAAGGAGAAGCAUGGUGCAGCCAGUAACACUUGAAGGCACGGGUCUUGUAUAUGCUUGUCGUGUUCAUAAUAUGUUUCAUGAUUUGAUCCUCUCCAUGUCACAUGAAGAACAAUUUGUUUCUGUAGUCAAUGAAAAAUUUGGUCCUCUUGAUGUUCUUUCUCGGCGGUUAGCAUUCCAGAACAUAAAAAAAAGUCAGUACAGACUUGUGGAACAUCCACGGCUGGCACAAUCGAGGUCACUUAAUGCCAUUGGAUGUCCUAUAUACGCGAUACCUCCAAUUGAAAGCUAUAAAUCAUUGCGUGUACUGGAUUUCGAAAAUUGUGCAGGUAUUGAAGACCAUGAUCUUGUUCAUCUUGGGAAAUUGCAUCACCUCAAGUUCCUUGGGCUAAGAAACACGUUUAUCGGUAAGCUGCCGGAAGGAAUAGGGAACCUCAAGUUUCUGCAAACAUUGGACCUCGAUGGAACUGGUGUGGAAGAAUUACCUCAAGCCUUGCAUAAUCUUACAGAAUUGAUGUGCCUAAUUGCUGACUGGAGAACGAGAGUGCCCAAUUGGAUUGGUAACCUCACGUCCCUGCAGCACUUGGUGAUUUAUCCUGGUGGGCAUGACGAUGAGGAUUCUGCGAGCAGGUUUGUUAAUGAGCUGGGAAAGCUGAGACAACUAAGGGUGCUCCGUUUUUUGAUAAAAGCACAAGAUGAAGGGCAGCUGAGAGAUUUGCUAGAGUCCCUAUCGAAUCUGCCAGAGAUCGAGGCUAUACAUUUUGAUUACUAUGGAGUACAGUUAAAUAGAGGUGUUCAGUUGGAACCUGAAGGCUAUGCCCUCUCUAGACAUAUUCGUUCCGAGAAAUUUGCCAUUAUGGAAGUCCUCAGAUACGGCUUCGACGAUUUGGAGGUAAUAUCUAUGAUUAAACCAGUGAUACUCACGUCGUCUACAUCUGUUACCCUUCCCCACGUCCUCUACAUCUGUUACCCUUCCCCGGAGCGGGAUUACAACCUGCCCCAGAGCGGCCGGCGCUGGAGGCUGGCCGUCCCGUCCGCCGCCGGCGCGUCCAGUCUCGCCUCGUCGCUCUCGCGCUCCCUCAGGUGGAAGCGCCGGCUCCCGGGUCUCCCCUCCCUCACCCUGCGCAGCGGCUCCGCGGCCGCCGUGGUCGACGCUGUCGCGUUCCGCGUCAUGUACGUCGUCGAGGCCGUCGUGCUGGGCCUCGCGCUCUCCUGCUUCUUCCUCUGCGCUAUGGGUGGUUCUUGCAUGUUUAGGCUCUGCAUAGCAAACACGGAGGAGGACUGGAGGCCGGGAACGGAGCAGUACAAGUUCAUCGAUCGAAGCAGCCCUGGAUCUGCACUCCUUAGAGCUCUCUCCCAGGUGGGCACUUUUCUCAGCUUCAUAGAGCUGUCCUCCAUUCCCCAGACUAGACCACGCUCUGCCAAGCAAUCCAUGGUCGGGAACCCCGGCGACGUCCGCGCGGUGGUCCUGGACCCGGCCGCCGGGGCCCUCGCGGGCCUCCGCCGCGGCGGCGUGCUGGUGGACUGCACGAGCUCCUCCCCGUCCCUCGCGCGCGAGGUCGCCGCGGCCGCGGCCGCGGCGGGCUGCCACGCCGUCGACGCGCCAGUCUCCGGCGGCGUGCUGCGGACUGCACGAGCUCCUCCCCGUCCCUCGCCAUUACAGAGCUCUCUGCAGAUAAUCCCUCGCCUACGCCUCCAAAUCGUCGAAGCCGCACCGACGGCUUUCCAUAAUAGCAAAUUUCUCAUUCGUUCCAUGGAAUUGCGCUGGUUGGAGUUCUCAAGGCUGCCUCUUUGGAUUAAUCCUGGACAACUUCCUAACCUCUACCACUUAUGGCUGAUGGUAUCUGAUGCGGAAGAGCGGGAUCUGGAAAUCCUUGGGGGGUUUCCAGUGCUUCACUCCCUCCACUUGUUGAUUGUGAAUACUGAACGUGAACAUGUCAUGACUUGUGGCUGUGGUGGAUUCAAGAAUUUGAAAUGCUGCAGUAUAACUAAACCGCUGAAAUUUGUACAUGGAGCUAUGCCCAGGCUUGAAGUCCUCGAUUUCCAUUUCAGUGUGCAACUCCUAACGGAUUCAAACCAAGAAUUUGAUUUUGACUUUGGCUUGGGAAACCUACAUUGGCUUCAGCAAGCCAUCGUUCAAAUCACAGCCCUUGGUGAGGAGGUGGAGUCUGUGGGGAGAGCACAGGUGGCUCUGCGGGAUGCAAUACGUACCCAUCUCAACCGUCCUACCCUUGAAAUAAACUUAUUUGGGCAAACAAUACCUCCAGAGUUACCAAAGCAAGACGACGAUGGAGCGAAAAUUGUGGAGAUAUCACCGGCCGAGAGUAGUCGUCAAGCUCAAGAGCGGGAGAAAAGAAGCAUCGAUGUGGCGACGAAGAAAGCAACACGGGUGCCGUCUUUUUACACAAAGUCAUCAAUUGAUGAGCCAAUGGAUCAGCUCAUAAACAUGCUAUCUGUGGUUGAUGACGAAGCCUACACUAAGAACAUAAAGAUACUAUCUAUUGUAAGGUCUGAGGGACUGGGGAAGACUACUCUGGCCCAAAAAGCAUUCGAAGAGCUCCAUUCGCAAUUUGACCGUGGGGCGUUCGUUCUACUAGGCCAGAAUCCUGACUUGAGGAGAGUUUUUGCUGACAUUCUCCGUGGUCUUGACAAGCAAAGGUACAUAGAUUUCCCAGUGGCAAUAUUGGAUCUAGUGGACCUGAUCUGGCUAGUCCGUAAAUCGCUCAUAAACAAAAGGUUCUUUAUUGUAUUUGAUGAUAUAUGUGAUGUAAAAGCAUGGGAAAUUAUAAAGUGCGCUUUGAUUGAAAAUAACAACCACAGUGUAGUUCUUACGACAAGUCGCAACACUGGUAUUACUGAAAUUAUUGGUGGCAGCAAGCAAUUACAACCUCUAUCAGCAACUAUCUCUAAAAAUCUACUCUGCAAAAGGUUAUUUGGAUCGGCAGGCAAGUGUCCUUCUGAACUAGUAAAUAUAUGUGACAAUCUUGUAGAAGAAUGUGGUGGAAUACUAUCUGUGAUCGACGAAACUGUGACAUUGCUUGCAAGUAUACCACCAACAGUGGAGAACUGGGAGGCAGUGUACGCCAGAAGAAUGUUGGAUCGGUCUUAUCCUGGUUUAACUGACAGUCUAAAGAAUUGCUUACUCUAUUUUACUAUGUUUCGAAGAGGACAUGAGAUUAGUGGAGAACACUUAAUAUGUGCAUGGAUAGCUGAAGGUUUUGUACAUGGGCAAGAGGUAGCAGAGACCUACCUUAGUGAUCUAGUAAAAAAGAAAUUAAUCGAUGCAGUGGAGGUUGAUGCUGGAGGAAAGGUCCUCACGUGCCGCAUGUAUGACUUGGUGCAUGACUUUAUCGUCUCAAAAUCAAUUGAAGAACGAUUUGUUUAUAUUUUAAAUGACUCGGAAGGCAGAGAUUUGUCAGAAGCAGUUCACGUUCACCAGCGACUAUACAUCCAGGGACAUAAUAACAAAGAACUAGACCUGCAAAUUCCUUGGCUGCCCCAAGUGAAGUCACUUGUCUCCUGUGGUACUGCGCCAUCCAUCUUAAAGUUUAAGGGUCUACAUGUUAUGGAUUUAGGGGCCUGUGAAUCUUUGCAGGCUAGUCAUCUCAAGGGUAUAAAUAAUGUAAGUUCUUUGAGAUAUCUGGUCAUAGGAGGUAAGUGUAUCUCUGGCAUCCCUAAGGAAAUUGCGAAGCUGGAACAUUUGCGGACACUAGAUUUAAGUGCAAGUGGUCUAAAUGAAUUGCCAGAAUAUGUUUUCAUGAUAAGAAAAUUGGAACGCCUAAUUGUUAAUAGUCAGAUGAAGAUAUCAUAUGGUAUUGCAAAGAUGUCUGCUUUACAGGAGCUAGGCGAUAUCAAUGUCACCGACCCAGAGUUGCUGAAAAGUCUCUGUAAGCUAACCAAAUUGAGGGUUCUUAGAAUUUCCAUAUGGUCAUGGGAUGAUAGUUUGAAGAACUAUUUUAAACAACUGUGUGACAACUUGCGUUCACUGGUUCAGUGCACGGAGAACAUCCAGAGUCUCUCCAUAAUGACAUGCUGCUCCCUGGUUUUCAUGGAUGAUUUGGGUGAGAAUUGGACCCCUCAAUGUCUCCAGAAGCUCGAGGUCGGUUGCAGCGCAUUUGACAUAUUGCCAAGUUGGUUUGGCUCACUUUCUAGUAUCUCCACGUUAACAAUCGAGGUCUACAAGCUGUCACAGGACAUAAUUGAUACGCUCGGAAGGCUGGCUGGUCUUGGUUCUCUAUCCCUGACAUCGAAACAAGUACCAAAAGGAUACUUUGUGAUCGGCUCUGACAGGUUCAAUAAGCUACAGAGCUUAAAGUUUGUGAGCAAUGCAAUGGUAGAGAUGUUUCCACGUCAACAAUCAAAUGGCACGGAACAGCUCAAAAGGCUUAUGAUUGUGUUCCAUGCUUCACGUACACAAGAUGUGAACAAAGAUUUCUGCUUUGGUUUGGAGAACCUGUCUUCCCUAGAGCAUGUUCGUGUUGAAAUAAUUUGUUUCGAUGCCAGCCAUAACAUGGUGAAAAACGCAGAAGCUGCAGUUCAGAAAGCUAUAUCUGGCACAAGUAUCGCAAAUCUGGAAAUACGAAGACUUCAGGAAAAUAGUAUGACACAGGACGAAGCGGACCUCUGUGAUGCAGUACAAGAGCAGAAUAAUCAGAAGCACCAGAAAAUGAAGAGUUCUAUGGAGUCCCAGGAUGGGUACCUCACUUCUUUACCGAACCAGGAAAGUGCAGAUGUUGUUGGCUCCGAUAGUAUUGUGGAACCACUAGUGAAUGAAAUGAACUCGCAGACAAUUAAGAGGGAUCAAUCCACGAAUUUCAGUGAAGAUGAGGACUUAAUGUUGGUUUCUAGCUACCUUAAUGUAAGCAAAGAUUCUAUUACUGGAAGGGAUAAAAAAGAAGGCACAUUUUGGGAAAGAGUAUGGGAAUACUAUAACAAGAAUAGGACAUUCGAGUCCGAUCAUAGUUGGUCGUCAUUGAAACAUCGCUGGCUUGCAAUUCAGAAGGAAGUGAAUAUCUUUCAAGGUUACUAUGAUGCCAUAGAAAGGAAAAAUCAAAGUGGCCAGACAAGUGAUGACAAGCAUGCUGAAGCAGAAGUAGAAUUCCGAGAAAAACAAGGGAAGGCUUUUUCUGUAUUCCAUGUGUGGAUGAUUCUAAGGCAUGAGCCAAAGUGGGCAUUUAGAGAAUCAAAGAUCAAAGACCAGCAUGAAGCAAACAAUGCUAAUACUGAUGCUCCUGCCAACAUUUAUAGACCACAGGGGAGGAAAGCUGAGAAGGAAAAGGCUCGUGCGAGAAAGCAUGGUGGAUCUGAUGUUGAUGGUGAUCCGUUCAUCGAAGAAGUAAAAAAUAUGAGGGAAGCACGGGAAGAAACAGAACGAGACCGAAAGACCCAUGAUGACAAGUUCUAUGAGUUGGAAAAGAGUAAGCUUGAAUUGGAGCGAGAUCGACAUGACAAAGAGAUAAUGCAAACAGACACAAGCACAAUGGAUGAAGAAUCGAAACAAUACUUCAAGUUGAUGAAACAAGAGAUUUUGGCUCGCCGUUUCGGGAGUAGUCAGCCAUAGUUGUUAGCUGUUGGAAACUUAGAUAGUAUUUUGUUUUUGCCAGACAUCUGUUAUUGAUAAUCUUGUGAACUUUUACAUAUGGCACCUGUCAACUACUUCCUCCUUUCUAAAAUAUUAUUCGUUUUAGGGUGUUAAUAGAUUCAUACAAUAUUUGAUGUAUGUAUUUUAUAUAUGUGUCUAGAUUCGUUGUCUAAGGGUCUUCUAGUCUGGCAUUGCCUGUACAGUCAUAAUUUGAGCACUUCCUAUUUUGUUUGGUGGAAAGUACUGUGAUCACUUUCA